GACGACGCGUGCGCACAACGAAUACGGCAACGGUUGAACUGUUAACAAAAUGGCGUCUCUGAAAAUCUGCAUAUUUGCUCUGCUCGUGGGAACAACGCUUGCUCAGCAGCGCGAACGUGGCAAUUUCCGGGUGGGUGCUGGUCAUCCGCCAUCCCAACGUCACUUGCCGCAAAGGACGCGUGAUCCCGUUCAGGAGGCUGCCGAGGAGCCAAAACGCAAGCAAGCCCAGGAAUAUGAGCCCAGCGACGAGUGCCCAGAGCCAAAUGGCUUCUAUCCGGAUAAUAAGCAGUGCGAUAAAUACUACGCGUGCCUAGAUGGCGUGCCCACGGAACGACUAUGUGCGGAUGGCAUGGUCUUCAAUGACUACUCACCCAGCGAGGAGAAAUGUGAUUUGCCAUAUAACAUUGAUUGCAGCAAGCGCUCCAAGCUGCAAACUCCACAGCCCUCACAGCAUUGUCCGCGCAAGAACGGUUACUUUGGCCAUGAGAAGCCCGGCAUUUGCGACAAGUUCUACUUCUGCGUCGAUGGGCAAUUCAAUAUGAUCACCUGUCCAGUUGGGCUGGUAUUCAAUCCAAAAACUGGCAUCUGCACCUGGCCCGAUGAGGUGGGCGUUACUGGAUGCAAGUCGGAGGACAUAUUCGAGUUUUCGUGCCCCAAGGUGAACGAGAGUAUUGCGGUUACACAUCCUCGUUACGCGGAUCCCGACGACUGCCAGUUCUUCUAUGUCUGCGUGAACGGUGAUCUGCCACGUCGCAAUGGCUGCAAGCUUGGCCAGGUGUUCGACGAGGAGAACAAAACCUGCGACUGGGCACGAAAGGUGCCAGAUUGUGCUGACUGGUAUAAGGAUCGCUUAACCGAUGCCGAGCUGGACGAACUGGAGAACCCCAAGCCAAAGUCAACGACCACCAAGAGGCCGGCGCGUGUGCGUGGAGCCUCUAGACGUAAGCCGCAGCCGAAGGUCGUGAAGGAGGAGGAGCCUGAGGAGGAGUAGCUGGUCCAAUUGUCGACUGUUUAAUCUUAAGUUUGACUUUCCUGAUAACAAAUAAAAGAACCAU